AUGCAGCAAUGUUUAUCAAAACUAUUUGAUAAGAAAGAACAAGAAGAUCAUAUUUAUAGUGUCUUGUCUUAUAUUGCUCCAGAACAAUUUCAAAGGAAAUCGUAUAUUCAAACAACUGAAGAUGGUUUGUGCCAAUAG